AUACACCAAAGCCGCCCAGCCUCUACUCAUUGUCCAGUACUGUGCGACUUCUCGCUAUCGCUAUCGCUGCGGCUGCGUCUGCGUCUGCUUGCCACCGCCUCUACGUAUCUAUCUUAUAGGACUUUCCUCUCACCUAUUGUAGUGGGUAGAAUCGCAAGCAGGAAAUUCACAGACCGACUCAUUGCCAACCAUGGCCGACCAGAAUAAUGAUCUGGAGAAAGCCAGCGUCUACUCAACGACCAAAAGUAAUACAACAACACUGCCAGCAUACAACACAAAUCACUCUGGCGAGUUUUCAUCUUAUGCAGAGACAACAGAGUUCAGCGGACCUUUCUUUCACCGUGUACUUGAGAGCUUCCAACGCGCACCAGGUACUCUUGACCCAGAUGGAAAGCUCGACACAGGACAUGGCAGGACCUUUGAUCCUAGCCUUGCUGCCAUGGCCACGGCAAACACGAAAAUGGCACGCAGGCUGAAGGGUCGACACUUACAAAUGAUUGCUAUCGGAGGCUCGAUCGGAACUGGUCUCUUCAUCGGUUCGGGCAAGGCUCUUGAGACAGGCGGUCCAGCUUCGCUGUUUAUAUCGUUCUCACUGAUGGGAGUUAUGCUAUACUGCAUGGUACAUGCUUUAGGAGAGAUGGCUGUGCUUCUACCCGUUGCCGGUUCAUUCUCGACCUACUCGACUCGAUUUUUAGAUCCUUCUUGGGGCUUUGCUAUGGGUUGGAAUUACGCUAUGCAAUGGCUUGUCGUCCUACCUCUUGAAAUUAUCGGUGCAUCAAUUACAAUUGACUUUUGGGACACGAAUGGCCGCUAUAAUCAUGCAAUAUUCGUCACGAUAUUCCUGGUCGUUAUCAUCGGUAUCAACCUGUUCGGCGUCAAAGGUUAUGGCGAAGCGGAAUUCUUCUUUUCCAUCGUAAAGAUAACGGCUAUUAUUGGAUUCAUUGUUUUAGGAGUGGUUCUUAACUGUGGUGGUGGCCCAAAUGAAGGCUAUGUUGGCGGGAAAUUGUGGCGCAACCCCGGGGCUUUCAACAAUGGGUUUAAAGGCCUCUGUAGCGUUUUCGUCAUUGCUGCAUUCUCUUUUGCUGGCACCGAACUGGUUGGCUUGGCUGCCAACGAGGCACAGAACCCCCGAAAGUCUUUGCCAAGUGCUAUCAAGCAAGUCUUCUGGCGUAUCACGCUCUUCUACAUCGUGUCUCUCUUCAUAAUCGGGUUGAAUGUACCUUUCACCGACCCACGCCUCCUGAGAGACGGUUCCGCUGAUUCGACCGCGUCCCCUUUCGUCAUAUCGAUUGAGAACGCUGGCAUCGCGAUUCUACCCUCCGUAUUUAACGCAGUUAUUCUCCUCGCCGUCCUAUCCGUCGGCAACUCGGCCGUAUUCGGUUCUUCUAGAACCCUACACGCACUUGCGCUCCAAGGUCAGGCUCCAAGGUGCUUCGGCUAUGUCGAUAAGAUGGGCAGACCUCUAGUUGGCAUUGGUGUGGCAUCUUUCUUCGGCCUCAUUGCCUAUGCUGCGGACGCUGGAGCACAAGGCACGGUUCUUGACUGGAUGUUGGCGCUUUCUGGUCUGUCAUCUAUCUUCAGCUGGGGGUCCAUCGCUCUAGCACACAUUCGAUUCCGUCGAGCAUGGACUCUCCAAGGACAUAAACUAUCGGAACUAGCCUUUACGUCCCAACCCGGUAUACUGGGAUCUUGGUUCGCCUUCCUCUUCAACUGCCUUAUUCUUGUCACCCAGUUCUGGGUUGGUGCCUGGCCCGUUGGUUUUGAAGAGCUUGGGCCCAAGGGCCAGGUCAACAAAUUCUUUAAAGCCUUCCUGGCAGCCCCUGUGGUCAUUGCUUUCUAUGUCUGUCAUAAGAUCUACGCCAAAACAUCUAUCGUGCGCUGUAUCGACAUGGAUCUUCGGACGGGUAUACGGGAUCUAAAUCUUCCCGAGUUAAUUGCGCAGGAGCAGCACGAGCGAGCAACAUGGCCGAAGUGGAAGAAGGUGUAUAAGGUUUGCUGUUAAAUUUUCAGUUUCAUUUGGUGUUGGUUAUAUACCCUUGUUAUAGAAGGGACAGGUCCUGAAUUCUACUUGAUUUUCGCGGAAUAUAUGGUCUAGCGUCGGCGUUAAUGGUCGACAGGUACUCAAUGUACUGUUGUUUUUAUGAUAUACUUAUGGGAAGAUUAUGCAGUGGAUAAGCAGGAAACAGGAUGGGAAUUUGGAG